AUGAGCGCCGCCGUUCAAAAGAGAGUCACCAACCCAACCGCUGCUCCAGUCACCACUUAUCUCAAGCCAGCACCAUCAGAGAUUGCUUGGGGAAAGAUGCGUUUCCUUAUUACUGAUCGUCCAAGCAACGCCUCUAUCCAACCCUACAUUGAGGAAUUGGAGAAACACGGUGCUAGAGCUGUCGUCCGAGUCUGCGAGCCCACUUAUGAUAUCAAAGCACUUAAGGAAGCUGGCAUCGAUGUCCUCGACUGGCAAUUCAAUGAUGGAUCACCACCACCACCAGAGGUGAUCAAAAGCUGGUUCCAGCUCUGCUUGACAUCAUUCAAAGAGCACCCGGACAAGAGCAUCGCAGUCCACUGUGUUGCUGGGCUCGGCAGAGCUCCAGUGCUUGUUGCCAUCGCUCUCAUUGAGGCUGGAAUGAAGUACGAAGACGCUGUCGAAAUGAUCAGAACGCAAAGACGCGGUGCUCUCAACCAAAAACAACUCAAAUUCCUUGAGACCUACAAGGCCAACGGAGAACUUCGUCGCCUUCGUGGCAAUGUUGAUGGAAAGCAAAAAUCGUGCUGCAUCCAAUAA